AUGGCUACAUCAUCUCUGGCUAAGUGGGCCAACGAGCUCAAGUGGGAAGAUGUCCCCGAUUCAGUUCGAAAAGCAGCACAGCGAUCAUUAUACAACUAUCUAGGCUGUGCUAUCGGUGGCUCUCACCAUCCAACUGUGUCAAAAGCUCAUCAGGCCUUGGAAUCGCUCUUCGGGCCGUCCACGUCCACGCUGCUGGGUCACCAUGGCUCCCAAACGCAGAAGAUCGAUGCUCAGCACGCUGCGCUGUUGAAUGGCAUCUCGUCGCAUGUUCAUGAUUACGACGAUACUCAUUUGGCUACCAUCAUCCACCCUGUUGGGCCUGUGGCAUCUGCAACGCUAGCUUUUGCGCAGCUCAAUGGCCAGGUAGUUUCUGGUCAACAACUGCUACUCGCACUCAUCGCCGGUAUCGAAGCGUCUUGCAAGCUGGGUCUUGCUGUUUGGCCGUCUCAUUACGACAUUGGCUGGCACAUAACGUCUACGACUGGUAGCAUUGGAGCUGCAGUCGCGAUCGCCAAGCUUGCGAAUUUGUCGCAAGAACAGACCGCGCAUGCUAUCGGUAUUGCAGCAACACAAGUCACUGGACUCCGAGAAAUGUUUGGAUCUGACACGAAAUCAUUCCAUGUCGGCAGAGCUGCACAAAAUGGCUUGCUGGCUGCACAAAUGGCAAGCAAAGGCUUCACGAGUAGCUUGGAGGCUAUAGAGGCGAAACGAGGUUGGGCAAAUGUCGUUGUUGGUCCUGAAGGAAAGCCCCAGCUCGAUCGAUACCUUUCGCCUGACAGCGAAGAUGGCCUCAGCCGAGUAUGGGAAGUUGAGCGGAACACAUUCAAACCUUUCCCUUGCGGCAUUGUCUGCCAUCCAGCUAUUGAUGCUAGCAUACAGAUCCAUCGUGAAAUGAAGGAGCAGAAUAUCUCAGUGAAAGAUAUCGAGAGCGUAAAAAUGCAAGUGCAUCCGCUAGUGAUCGAGCUCACAUCGAAGCGGCAGCCCAAAGAUGGACUGGAAGGGAAAUUCUCGGUAUUUCACGGCGCUGCUGUUGGCCUUAUUUAUGGCAAAGCUGGACCAGCCGAAUAUGAUGAUCAAGUCGUAGCAAGCUCUGCCGAGCUUCGAGACAAAAUCGAUGCCACAUCGAGCGAUGAAAUAGCAAGUGAUGCUGCAAAAGUGGUUGUUCAACUCCGAGACGGGAGCGAGUUGGAGAAAUUUGUCGAACACGCCGUUGGGUCGUUGAAUGUCCCAAUGACGGACGAGCAAUUGACCGAGAAAUUCGUGGACCAGUGCUCGUUGGUGCUAGGUAGAGACGGCGCCACACGAGCAAGUGCACUCGCUUGGAGUAUUGGCGACGCACCGGACAGUCGAGAAGUAAUCGAGCAGCUCUGAGCAUGUGAAAAUAUGACGUGAUUGUGGUCUGUGCGCAA